UGUGUGUGUAUGCGUGCGUCUUCGUAUGGUCUUCGUCGUUCGCACCGAUCGUUCGAGGGGGUAGUUCUUGCUUGACCAACCUUCGACUCGUUCACUUCUAUCGGGCAUCUCGCCGGAAUAACAUUCAAUUGCGCUUUCGUUGAGAACUUAGUUCGGAUUAUAACCAACCAAGAUGGGUAAGGAAAAGACUCAUAUUAACAUUGUCGUAAUUGGACACGUCGAUUCUGGUAAGUCGACCACUACCGGACAUCUGAUCUACAAAUGCGGUGGUAUCGACAAGCGUACGAUCGAGAAGUUCGAGAAGGAAGCCCAGGAAAUGGGUAAGGGUUCCUUCAAGUACGCCUGGGUGUUGGACAAACUGAAGGCCGAACGUGAACGUGGUAUCACCAUCGAUAUCGCCCUGUGGAAGUUCGAAACCAGCAAGUACUACGUGACCAUCAUCGAUGCCCCUGGACAUCGUGAUUUCAUCAAGAACAUGAUUACCGGAACGUCGCAGGCCGAUUGCGCCGUGCUGAUCGUCGCCGCCGGUACUGGUGAAUUCGAAGCCGGUAUCUCCAAGAACGGACAGACCCGUGAGCACGCCCUGCUCGCCUUCACCCUCGGUGUCAAGCAGCUGAUCGUCGGUGUCAACAAGAUGGACUCGACCGAGCCACCAUACAGCGAAUCCCGUUUCGAGGAAAUCAAGAAGGAAGUCUCUUCCUACAUCAAGAAGAUCGGUUACAACCCAGCCGCCGUUGCUUUCGUCCCAAUUUCCGGAUGGCACGGAGACAACAUGCUGGAGGUGUCCACCAAGAUGCCAUGGUUCAAGGGAUGGAACGUUGAGCGCAAGGAAGGCAAGGCCGAUGGUAAGUGCCUGAUCGAAGCCCUGGAUGCCAUCCUGCCCCCAAGCCGCCCCACCGACAAGGCCCUGCGUCUGCCCCUGCAGGACGUCUACAAAAUCGGUGGUAUCGGAACGGUACCAGUCGGUCGUGUUGAAACCGGUGUCCUGAAGCCAGGUACCGUUGUUGUGUUCGCCCCAGUCAACCUGACCACUGAAGUCAAGUCCGUCGAAAUGCACCACGAAGCCCUGCAGGAGGCCGUGCCCGGAGACAACGUCGGUUUCAACGUCAAGAACGUCUCGGUCAAGGAACUGCGUCGUGGUUACGUCGCCGGUGACACCAAGAACAACCCACCCAAGGGUGCUGCUGACUUCACCGCUCAGGUCAUCGUCCUGAACCACCCCGGUCAGAUCUCCAACGGAUACACCCCGGUGCUGGAUUGCCACACCGCUCACAUUGCCUGCAAGUUCGCCGAGAUCAAGGAGAAGGUCGAUCGUCGUUCUGGCAAGUCGACCGAAGAGAACCCGAAAUCGAUCAAGUCUGGCGAUGCCGCCAUCGUCAACCUGGUCCCAUCCAAGCCGCUGUGCGUUGAGUCCUUCCAGGAGUUCCCACCGCUGGGACGUUUCGCUGUCCGUGAUAUGAGACAGACCGUCGCCGUCGGUGUCAUCAAGUCCGUGAACUUCAAGGACGCUUCCGGUGGCAAGGUUACCAAGGCCGCCGAAAAGGCCCAGAAGGGUAAGAAAUAGCCGCCAACUCCGGCUAUCACCAUUUGUCAACUGUCUGACGCGGCCACCAACAUCGGUCGCAACAACAGCCUCAACAACAACAACAGUAAGCAACACCCAACAGCCACGUCGCGACGCCUGAUCAACAUCAAACCGUAUCACUGCUUCCAUCGGAAGGCAUUCAGACGAAAAGUACACGGGAUAAUCAGUUCAUUCCUUUUUUUCUUUGCUAAGAACACAAUUAUAUAUUAAUAACCCCAAUAUUAAUAUUUAAAACCCAGCAAAAGCCCCAACUACUACAGUUAGAGUACACAAAACAGGAAUAUUCAGUUUUUGUUUGUGAAUGCGUGAAGAUAGGAGAUAUAUACAAUUUUCCUGAUAUGAUCUAAAUAUAAAAAUGAUGGAAGGAAAUCGA